UAUUAGAGGAUACAAACAGAAGGUUAGCCAGGUUGACAGCAAGUAAUCUCAAGGCAAAGAAAGGGAUUCGCUGCACCGUCGUCGCGGAUCGAUACUGUUUGUGUUAUGAGAAGAGGACACUGGCUGUGUUAGGACUGUGAUUGAACAGCAUGGCUGCAGCUCCUCCGCUCAGACGGUCAGAUUCAGCUCGGGGGGAGUUUUCCCCUCUGAAGCACUUUGUUGUAGCCAAGAAGAAGAUAAGUGAUGUGUUUGAACAACUCCUCAACUACGUGAAAGAGACCUCAGAGUUUGUAGAGGAAACCUGUGGAAAUAAAGCUUUGGAGAACAUUGCCAGUCAGGACCAGAAGUUGGAGAUUCAGGCGUAUGCUGACAAACUUGCUGUCAUUAAGGAGGUGCUGGCACGUAGACACAUGAAAGUGGCCUUUUUUGGCAGGACCAGUAAUGGUAAAAGCACAGUAGUCAACGCCAUGCUGAGGGACCGCGUCCUGCCCAGCGGGAUUGGCCACACCACGAAUUGCUUCCUGAGUGUGGAGGGUACUGACGAGGACAAGGCCUACCUCAAGACAGAGGGCUCGGAUGAGGAGAAAAGCAUCAAGACUGUAAACCAGCUGGCUCAUGCACUCCACAUGGAUGAGAGUCUGGACGCCGGCUGUCUCGUCCGUGUAUUUUGGCCAAAGACCAAGUGUGCUCUGCUUCGAGACGACCUGGUGCUUGUAGACAGCCCAGGGACAGAUGUGACAUCACAACUGGACAGCUGGAUUGACAAAUUUUGCCUGGAUGCUGAUGUUUUUGUGCUGGUGGCCAACUCUGAAUCCACACUUAUGAACACGGAAAAGCACUUUUUCCACAAAGUCAAUGAACGUCUGUCAAAGCCCAACAUCUUCAUCCUCAACAACCGCUGGGACGCCUCAGCAAACGAACCUGAGUACAUGGAGGAUGUGCGGAAGCAGCACACAGACCGUUGUGUGAACUUCCUGGUAGAGGAGCUGAAGGUCGUGGACCGUGAUCAGGCACCCAACCACAUUUUCUUUGUCUCCGCCAAAGAGGUGCUCAACUCCCGAAUGCAACGAGCACAGGGCAUGCCUGAAACAGGUGGAGCCCUGGCUGAAGGCUUCCAGGAGAGACUGAAGGAGUUCCAGUGCUUUGAGAGGAGGUUUGAGGAGUGUAUCUCGCAGUCAGCAGUGAAAACAAAGUUUGAGCAGCACACUAUCAGGGCCAAGCAGAUCACAGAGAAAGUCAAGAGCAUCAUGGACGCCAUCAACAUCGAGGCAGCGGAGAAGAGAGUGGCGGCACUGGAGGACAGAGAGUAUCAGAUGGACCGCCUGGAUUUUGUAAAGAAUCAACUCAACUUGCUGAUUGAUGACAUCAAGAAGAAGAUCAAGGCCAUCAGUGAGGAUGUGGAGUCAAAGGUAUCCACUGCGAUGGGAGAGGAGAUUUGCCGUCUCCACGUCAUCGUUGAUGAGUUCCACAGUGACUUCCACCCGUCGCCACACGUCCUCAAGAUAUACAAGUCUGAGCUGCUUACUCAUGUGGAGGACGGGAUGGGCAAGAACCUGGCCUUCCGGUGCAGUGAUGCCAUCAACGUUUCUGUCCAGUCCUCUCAGAGAUACAUGAUGGAGAGCAUGCUCCCUCUGCUUCCGUCCACGGCCCAGAGCCAAGUCCACAUGCUGUUGCCCAGCAGGAAGUUUGACCUGAGUUACGACCUAAACUGCGCCACACUUUGCAACGACUUCCAGGAGAACAUUGAGUUUCAGUUUUCAUUGGGCUGGACAGCGUUAGUCCACCGCUUUCUGGGAUCUGUCAACGCACAGAGAGCACUCAAACUGGUGGACCAGAACUUCCAGGCCUCUCGACCAGUGCUGCCCUUGGCCCAUACCCCCUCCUCGGGACCACCCUCUACGAUAGCCCCACCCAACAAUGAGACAGCCCUCAUGACCCAGGAGGACUUGAUGGUAGCCAUGGCAACCAAUGUGGCAUCCCUCACAUCCCGCACGUCAAUGAGCGUCAUCAUUGUUGGAGGAGUGGUGUGGAGGACAGUUGGCUGGAGGCUGAUCGCCCUAUCAGCCUCCAUGUACGGCAUGCUGUACCUGUACGAGAGACUCACCUGGACCACAAAGGCAAAGGAGCGUGCUCUAAAGCGCCAGUUUGUGGACUACGCAACCGAGAAGCUGCAGCUCAUUGUCAGCUUUACUAGUGCAAACUGCAGCCACCAGGUCCAGCAGGAGAUGGCGGCAACCUUUGCUCGGCUCUGUCAGCAGGUGGACCAGACGCAGAAAGAGCUGGAGGCUGAAAUCCGCCAACUGACAGCCAAGAUAGAUCAGCUGGAAACCGUCCAGAGCCACUCCAAGAGCCUGCGAGACCAUUUUAUUGCCCUUUGGCCUAUUAAGAAUCUAUACCUUCCCAGCAUUUUUAUGCCACUGGUCGUGAAGCAAUACAACAUAAAGCGACGGCGCUGGAGAGACAGUUGGAGGCGUUCACAAACCAGUACCUGCAGCCGCAGCAGUGAGCUGCUCCUCUUCAUCGCUCCACAGUUUGGUUCUUGUUGAGCCAAUCAUUCCUCAGCCAGGCGCUGCCUCACGGUGCCCAACUACACCGCAGUUUCUGUGCGGACAGUAGUGCUGGAAAGAUAAACCAACUUCAUUAGUUGGUCCAUCAACUGAAAAGAAAACUAUAGAUAUUUUGAUAAUCAAAGAAAGGUUAGACAUUUAUCAGGCAAGAAUACCAAACUUCUGCUGCUGCUCAAGUGUGAAGAUUUGGUUCUUGUGUCGUUUGUAAAAAUGUUUCUUUUUUUUGUUGUUGGUUUUGUGUCACACCAAACAGUCAAUCUGAAGACAUUUUUUGGUAACUUGUUCUUUUUUGACAUUUUGUAGACUAAUCGAUUAAUCAAAAGAAAAAAUAUUAAUUGAUACCGAAAAUUAUCUGUAGUGUCACCCUUAGAGAAACGUAAAGGCCCAGAAACACGACAGUAUUUUCCCCUCCUCCUCUCCCCCUCAGCCAGCCAGGUGUUUCAGGUGCUUGAGAAACUGCAGUGAACAAACUGUAAAACAAAACUGCCUGUAAGACAAACACGUGGACUCAUGAUGCGUGAGGACGCUUCGAUAGAAUCUCGGUCGGCGUGCAGGCUACCGGUCGGGUGCUACAUUUUGACACUAACGUGCUUCUAACUGUGAAUAUGCCUUUUUUGACAAUUUUUUGAGGAGCAAAUGAAGUUUGAGUGUCUGCAAGAUUGUAUAUGUAUCUGUUUGGACACAUGAUCUGCUGUAUGUUAGCAACAAAAAAUAUAUUUAAUAACAACAGAGGACAGAUUAUUUCGGAAUCAUAGGACGUAGUUUAAGUAAAUUCACAAAGAAAUAAUUUGAGUAGAAAGGGAAAGCAUGUCUUUAACAUACUUUUGGUUCAUGUUCUAUUUUCUAACUAUCCAUACUGUAUAGAUCAAAGGCUUUGGAAAUCCUCAUAUAUUUUAUAAUAUUCUGAUUUAUUUAUACCCAUUAGACUUACAGUAACAUUUACACCAGUCUGCAAUUUGUACAAUUUUUUUUUCUUGGAUGUGUGUUGAAAUACCUCCAGAUUUGCCUGAUUGUAUUAAAUCACUAUUGAAAAACUGA